UCAUUGGCCGCCUCGCGCUGUGACGUAAACACAAUAGCCAAUCCAAUGCCGCCGGGGACGCACCGCCCAAUGCUGCAGGAGAUAUUAAAAAUCCCCUGCAAAAGCGUCUGAUCAUUCUGUUGAAGAGAUCAACACAGGAAACUCGAGAAAAUGGCAAGAACCAAGCAAACCGCCCGUAAAUCCACCGGAGGUAAAGCCCCGAGGAAGCAGCUCGCCACCAAAGCCGCCCGUAAGAGCGCUCCGGCCACCGGCGGCGUCAAGAAGCCUCACCGCUACAGGCCCGGCACCGUGGCUCUGCGAGAGAUCCGUCGCUACCAGAAGUCCACCGAGCUGCUGAUCCGCAAGCUGCCCUUCCAGCGUCUGGUGCGAGAGAUCGCUCAGGACUUCAAGACGGACCUGCGCUUCCAGAGCUCCGCCGUCAUGGCCCUGCAGGAGUCCAGCGAGGCUUAUCUGGUCGGUCUGUUCGAGGACACCAACCUGUGCGCCAUCCACGCCAAGAGAGUCACCAUCAUGCCCAAAGACAUCCAGCUGGCCCGCCGCAUCCGUGGAGAGCGCGCUUAAACGCACCCCUCCUCCUAAACACAAAGGCUCUUUUAAGAGCCGCCUCAAUUUGUCUAACAAAGAGCAGUUAUCUGAAUUUCUGUAAAACAAGCUGUGUACAAUGUACAUAAACUUAUUUUU